UUUUUCUGAUUUGAAGUCAUAUAUUCUUGGGCUAAAUCCACUUCAUAAUUUCAGGUGCUGGACUCAAUUUGCUCAUUCCUUUCUCAUACACAGCCGCCUCCCUGACCUGCCGUGUCCCACACGAGUCCCAGCGAGGAGCACCCAAUGGCCAAGGAGCCUCUGAAAAAUGCUGUCUCCACCAGCAACUGAGGAAACACAGAACAAAAGCCGCCACCCUUUGGCCGCGCGAGCGAGCGUGAGCGGAGACGGUGAGGGGAGAGCGAGGUCUGCCUGACUCCUGGGGAGCGGUGGCCUCGCCCUGCGAGGUGCCCGCGCCCCCACCCAGUCCUGCUCUGGCAGAAAUGCGCGUGCCCGGGGGACGCUGAGCCGGAGCAGCAGCAGCGUGAACGCACGGGCGUGCGGCCGCCACACGGCUGUACCGCGGGCAGAUGCAGCCACUGUUGCCGUGAGGGUUCAAAGGAGGCGGAUCUAGACUCCUCGGGGAGAUGCUUAGACGGUUACACCAGACACACACCAGGAGCGGCCAGCCUGCAGCUGGCACGGCGGCAAUGGGGGUGUUCUCCGCGGAACCCGUGGCUGGACGCCUGCGUGCGCGUUCCUCUGCGUCCUCCCGGGAUUCGAGAGGUUUAAAAAUAUAUAACCCGGCUGCCAAAAUCCUGUUAGGGCUUCCCUAACACACAGAGUCCUGUCCCUCCUCCCAAAGUGAAAGGACAGUAAUGUCACCCCCCCACACACAGCGAGGGGCUCCCGGCUCCAGCCUCAGCCCCACUCGGGGACUUUUCCUGGGAAAAGGCCGCCCGGCUGGCCCCGGGGCCCCUGCUGAGUCUGCACUUUCCCCUGUGUAAACUCACCUGUGGAUCUUUCUGGGUGUGGACUUUCUCCCUGCGGAUCUAUAAUUUCUCAGAAGAGAAGCCGAGAAACGACCUGGGAAACGAUCGAUUCCCAACAAAGGGAAGAAGCCUGUCCCCAGCACCGGCGUGGGGCCCUGCCCACAGGACAGGCACCCUGGAGAGACGGGUGUGGGUCACCGCCCCACCCACCUGGUCUGCGCCCACACGCGCCUCUUCCAGCUCCUCCCGUGCACACACGACCCCACUCCCCAGGCAGAGCGGGGGUGGGGAGGAGCCGACAGCCAGAGAGGGGUCCUCCGGGGACAUGCAGGGGACAGGCAGGCAGGACAAUGGCCAGGUCCCACCUGCUCAGGCCCAGAAGGAGGCAGUGACCAGCCGGAGACAGGGCUUGAGCAGGACAAGGAGGGCCAGCGCGCAGGCGGGGAGGGCUGACCUCUCCUGCAGGAGCAGCCUUCUUCCCUGCCCCGAAGACGGCGCUGGGAAAGCAAACACGGGCGCCUGCCUCGUUCCUGCCAGGUGUUCCUAGAAGAGGCUUGGGGGUGGGGCAGUGGCCAGACACCAGCUGACCUGAGGUCACAGGAGGCUGAGGCGGGCCCGGGCCCUGGACAGCCGAAGGGUGGACCCCUCGGGGAGAGUGGUGGGCAGCACGCAGGAGGCACACAGGGACAGGUGGUGGCGCCCGCAGAGCCCAGGGUAACGGCUCAGGCCAGGGGCGCCCAAGACCUCAGAGCCACCUGAGGGGUCCCUGCCCACGGGUGGGAACAGGCGAAGCCCUGGGCUCCCGAGACCUGCCUCGAGCGCCAGCCCACUCCCAGGGGGCCUCCCACCCGCCCCUGGCUGCCCAGCCCACCCCAGCCAGCUCUGCAGGGAAACGGGGACUGGCCGCCUUGGGCGGCUUCAGAUGGACUCUCGCCCGCACCGUCUGCACUGGUGCUGCCACCCGGCACGAGGGGGUUAACGGGGCUGGGGCCAGCUGGGCCGGGCCUGCGGCUGACAGGCACUGGCUGCCCCGUGGCCGGCACAGCAGACGCCCUCGCUCCCUGCAGCCUGCAGCCCGGUCUGCACGCAGAAUGGCCCUGAGGAAAGGAGGCCUGGCCCUGGCGCUGCUGCUGGCGUGCGGGGCGGCGCUGGGCCACCAGUGCCCGGCCGUCUGCACCUGCAGCCACGACGACUACUCGGACGAGCUCAGCGUCUUCUGCAGCUCGAGGAACCUCACACAGCUGCCCGGCGGCAUCCCCACCAGCGCCAGGGCGCUGUGGCUCGACGGCAACAACCUCUCCUCCAUCCCCGCGGCGGCCUUCCAGAAUCUCUCCAGCCUGGACUUCCUUAACCUGCAGGGCAGCCAGCUGGGCAGCCUGGAGCCGCAGGCGCUGCUGGGGCUGCGCAGCCUCUACCACCUGCACCUGGAGCGCAACCGGCUGCGCAGCCUCGCGGCCCGCACGUUCGCGCACACGCCCGGCCUGGCCUCGCUCAGCCUCAGCAACAACCUCCUGGGCAGGCUGGAGGAGGGCCUCUUCACAGGGCUCGCCAGCCUCUGGGACCUCAACCUCGGCUGGAACAGCCUGGCCGUGCUUCCUGACACGGCGUUCCAGGGCCUGGGCAACCUCCGCGAGCUGGUGCUGGCCGGCAACAGGCUGGCCUACCUGCAGCCGGCGCUCUUCUGCGGCCUGGGCGAGCUGCGCGAGCUCGACCUGAGCAGGAACGCGCUGCGGAGCAUCAAGGCCAACGUCUUCACGCGGCUGCCCCGGCUGCAGAAGCUCUACCUGGCCCGCAACCUCAUCUCCGCUGUGGCCCCGGGCGCCUUCCUGGGCAUGAAGGCGCUGCGCUGGCUGGACCUGUCCCACAACCGCGUGGCCGGGCUGCUGGAGGACACGUUCCCAGGCCUGCUGGGCCUGCACGUGCUGCGCCUGUCCCACAACGCGCUCGCCGGCCUGCGGCCCCGCACCUUCAAGGACCUGCACUUCCUGGAGGAGCUGCAGCUGGGCCACAACCGCCUGCGGCAGCUGCCCGAGCGGGCGUUCGAGGGCCUGGGGCAGCUGGAGGUGCUCACGCUCAACGACAACCAGAUCCAGGACGUCAAGGCGGGCGCCUUCCUCGGCCUCCUCAACGUGGCGGUCAUGAACCUCUCUGGCAACUGUCUCCGGAACCUCCCGGAGCAGGUGUUCCAGGGCCUGGGCAAGCUGCACAGCCUGCACCUGGAGAGCAGCUGCCUGGGCCGCAUCCGCCAGCACACCUUCGCCGGCCUCUCGGGGCUGCGCAGGCUGUUCCUCAGGGGCAACGGCAUCUCUGACAUCGAGGAGCAGAGCCUGUGGGGCCUGGCCGAGCUCCUGGAGCUGGACCUCACCUCCAACCAGCUCACGCAGCUGCCCCGCCGGCUCUUCCAGGGCCUCGGCAAGCUGGAGUUCCUGCUCCUCUCCCGCAACCGGCUGUCGGAGCUGUCCGCGGAGGCGCUGGGCCCCCUGCAGCGGGCCUUCUGGCUGGACGUCUCGCACAACCGCCUGGACGCGGUGCCCGAGGGCCUCUUCUCGCCGCUGGGGCGGCUGCGCUACCUCAGCCUCGGGAACAACUCGCUGCAGUCCUUCGUGCCACAGCCUGCGGGCCUGGAGCGCCUGUGGCUCGAGGGCAACCCCUGGGACUGCGGCUGCCCCCUCAAGGCGCUGCGGGACUUUGCCCUGCAGAACCCCAGCGCCGUGCCCCGCUUCGUCCGGGCGGCCCCCGAGGGGGACGACUGCCAGCCCCCCGUGUACACCUACAACAACAUCACCUGUGCCAGCCCCCCCGGCCUCGCCGGCCUCGACCUGCGGGACGUCAGUGAGGCCCACUUUGCUCACUGCUGACCCCAGGGGCUCCCGGCUGUGGUCCCCUGCCUGGUCCGCCCCGGCCACACACUGCCCUGGGGUCAGGACAGGUCCUCACUGUCCUCAGAACGAGGAACUGUGAAGGACGGUCCCGGGCUGUGCCAGCCUGACAGGGUAGGGAUGGGCAGGCAUGGCAGCCCCCCGUCACCAAUUAAAGGAAGACAACACAAUGAA